AUGUCUGGUUGGGGUUCUUGGCUCAAGGGUGAAGCACCUGCCGCCGGCACCGCCGCUCCUGCCGCCUCCCCUAGCAACUUCCAUGCUAUCACCGACACCGUCCCCCAAGAUGCUCUCUUCGGUCCUCUUCAGCCCUCCGACCUCGAAUGGACCUGUGCUGGUGGCUUCACCACCGAAACUCAGACCUGGUAUUCCGUCCUUGAAGAUGGCUCCUUCGCAACCUCCCAGAUCAUCCACUCCGCCGUUGGUCUGUGGUACCCUCAAGUCCAGAUGACAUUCAAAUACUUCAACCCCGCCACUGGCAAGAAGAUUUGGAAGUCCCUUAACGUCACCAAGUUCGCAGCUCAGACCGACAAGCGCUCCUCCAAAGCAGCCGAGUUCUCCGUCGUCUACUCUACCACCGACGCUGGCGAAGACAAGUACAGCAUUACUGCCAACCUCGAUGCUGAUUUGCAACUCUCGUGGUCUUUCACCCGACCUGCUUCUGUUCAGGGCUGGAAGCUUGGUUCGGGUCCCAAGGGUGGAUUCAGCUACUUUGGUAGCAACCUCGGCAGUCCGGAGGGGUACGUGAUCCACCGUUUCUGGCCUGUUGCUGAGAGCGAGGGACACAUCAUCAGCCAGGGUGGUGCUAUUGAUGCGAAGGGUAAGGGUAUGUUUGUGCACGCUAUCCAGGGUAUGCGUCCUAAUCUUGUUGCUGCCAAGUGGAACUUUGCCAACUUCCAGGCUAAGGACCAGAAGCUCGGCAGGGUCAGUGGUGUCAUGAUGGAGUUCACUACCACUCCUGACUACGGAAGUGUGGAGCGUGCCGAGGGACACAGGCAGUCGCUGACGGUCAACAUUGGAAGCAUUGUUGUUGAGGGCAAGCUGGUCGCUGUCACUGCUGCUACCCGCACCGCCAACGCUGCCGAGGGUGAGGCUAGUAGAAAGAGCAACUCGUACGUCAAGCACCUCGAUCAGACCUUGGAUCAGGAUACCGGAUACCAAGCUCCUCAGGCCAUUGAGUACCACUGGCAGGGUCCUUUGCUUGAUGCUUCCACGGGUAAGGGAGACCUAGAGGAGAAGGUCGAGGCUUCGCUCAAGGUCGAUUUGGGUAAGCCUUACCCAUCCAGCGAGACACAUGGUUUGGUGGACAAAGUCGAUGUCUUGGCUGAGAUUCCUUACAUGGUCAGGAAGCUGGUCAAUUACGUUGCUGGUACCAAGCCUUACAUCUAUCAGACACUGAACCCGGCUACCUUGAAGGUCAAGCUGCCGGGAGGAGAGCAGUCCGAGGUCAAAGGAUCGCUGUUUGAGGAACACACUUUUAUCAGCGGUUAA